UUUGUUACCAGCCAUAGCCUUGUCUCCUCCGGCACAGCGUGGUGAAAGAGAAGCAUUUGGCAGUUAUGGUUGAUCAGCGUUUCUUUCAUCCUCUCGGUGCAUUAGAGAAGACGAACACGCUCGCAUUACAUAGAUCCUGUUCCCUAUAUCGUUUUUGACGGAUUACAAAAGAAAAGAUGCGCUGUAAAACCUAACGAGCCUACAUCUUCAUCAAUGUUCGGGAGAUGACAUUGAGGAUAACUUAGCAGGACUGUGAGCUCGGCUGUCAUUUGCAGGAAAAUGCAUCUUUGGAUUUCAUACGUUUUGCUAAGUGCAACAUCAAUGUGCACUGCUGAGAUGCUUGGCAGUUAUGGAGAAAUAUGUCAAAAACUGUGUGCCUGCGAGGAGAGAGAGGGGAUACUUACAGUGAGCUGUGAAAACAGAGGAAUUUUAAGUCUCUCAGAUAUAAACCCAGUGUACUUUUCCCAGUAUCAUCUACUGCUUACGGGGAAUCUUUUGAAAAAGCUAUCUGUCAAUGACUUUAUUGAAUAUAAAGGACUAACAAUAUUGCAUCUGGGGAAUAAUGACAUAUCUGAGGUUGAAGCAGGAGCUUUUAAUGGACUUCAGGGAUUAAAACGAUUACAUCUCAACAAUAACAAAAUUGAUGCCUUGAAGGAAGAGUUUUUCUUUGGCCUUGAAAGUCUGGAGUAUCUACAAAUUGAUUAUAACUAUAUUACUCAUGUGGCGCCAAAUGCCUUCAGCAGACUUCGACAUCUAGAGGUCCUGAUUCUAAAUGACAACUUAAUAUCUACUUUGCCUGUGAACAUCUUUCAGUAUGUACCUUUGACUCAUUUGGACUUGAGGGGGAAUCAGCUCAAAGUGCUUCCCUACUCAGGUCUGCUGGAGCACAUGAACAGUGUUGUGGAGUUACAGCUGGAGGAGAACCCGUGGAAUUGUUCCUGUGAGCUGAUAGCUCUUAAAACCUGGCUGGAGAGCAUAUCCUACACAGCUUUAGUCGGCGAUGUUGUUUGCGAAUUCCCUUUUCGGCUACAUGGGAGAGAUCUUGAUGAGGUUUCAAAACAAGAGUUGUGCCCAAGGAGAGCCAUCGCUGAGUAUGAGAUGCCACCCCUGCCACAUCUGAGCACCGAUGCAUACUAUAGGACGACGCCAGCUCUAGUCACAGCUUCCUUCACCUCAUCUGGGAUUGCACGGUCCUCAUCAAGACCCACUAAGGGACCUCGCCAGUCAGGAAAAUUAAAAUCAAGACCCACUUCUCGCAUCCCAUCUAAUAAACCACAAAAUUAUGGCCAAAUCAUUUCAUAUCAAACCAAAUCCCCUGUGCCUUUAGAUUGCCCAACUGCCUGCACCUGCAAUCUUCAAAUUUCAGACCUUGGCCUGAAUGUGAACUGCCAGGAGCGAAAGAUUGAGCAUAUUUCAGAUUUAAAUCCUAAACCUUACAAUCCCAAAAAGAUGUAUCUAACAGGAAAUUAUAUCCCUGUGGUGCGUCGGUCAGAUUUUAUCGAGGCAACAGGAUUAGAUUUGCUUCAUCUUGGUAACAAUCGAAUAGCUCGCAUACAUGAUAGAGCUUUUGGUGAUUUGACACUUCUAAGGAGACUAUACCUUAAUGGGAAUUUGAUUGACCAUCUUACAGCUGAUAUGUUUUACGGACUGGAAACCCUACAGUUUUUAUAUUUAGAAUACAAUGUCAUUAAAGAGGUUGCCUCUGACACCUUUCAGUAUGUACCCAAACUUCAGCUUCUUUUCCUGAACAAUAACCUCUUGAAAACUUUACCAGUGGGAACAUUUAAUGGUCUGACAUUAGCCAGACUAAAUCUUCGCAACAACCAUUUGCGAUAUCUGCCUGUUAGCGGUGUCCUCGAUCAACUUACGGCAUUGGUGCAAGUCGAUUUGUUCGAGAAUCCCUGGGAUUGCUCUUGUAGCAUACUGGAGCUGAAGAUGUGGCUGGAGCAGCUUAGCACAGGCACAGUUGUAAACAAUGUCAUCUGUGGCUCGCCUAAGAGGCUAGCUGGAGAGGAUAUGAGAUACAUUAAGACAGCUAAUUUCUGCCCUAAUAACUCAGAUGUACUUGCAUCCAUGAUUCCACCCUCUGAAGAAUCUUUUCCUGGCAGCACUAUCACCAUAGAAACAUCCUUGGACUCUGAUACACAAUACGGCUCAAUUCCUUUAUCUGUGAUGAUUCUUGCCCUCCUGCUUAUGUUCAUUGUGUCUGUGUUUGUAGCUGCAGGACUAUUUGUGGCAAUAAAAAAGAGACGUCAAAAGAGCCAAAACAAGCAGAAUAACUCCAUGAAUGCUUGCAUUAGCUCUCUCAACAUGGAAUAUGGCCUUUACAAAAAAGGAUCCAUUCCCAAAGUCAGAACAUCUGCCGGACAUGUAUAUGAGUACAUCCCACCUCCCACAGAAGCCACAAGCAGAACUAGCGCCCACACCCCAACGGACAGCAAAUCAGUGGAAGGAUUUAGAGACUUUGAUGAGCUGAGUGGUGCUUUUCUGGGUAACUCGGAUGAAGAGGCAGCCAGUAAUGUAAUAAGCUCGGAAUACAGUGCCGCUACUCCAGAGCCUCUGAACAAGUCUGCCACCCCACACCAAGACGACCUGUGCUACUACAGAGAUGUGCUUGAGCCUGACAAGCACACACGCUACAGCAAUACACUACCAUGCAAGCAUGCAGCGCAUUCAUCGAGUCAGUAUACCUCAGACUUUGAUGCAAGGCAUCAAUAUGUGCACCCAGAGAGAAUACAACAGACGAUACUUUAUUGUACUGCACCAAGUACUGUUUAUGUAGAGCCCAACAGGAGCGAGUACUGGGAACUGAAAGCAAAGCUUCAUAUUGAUCCCGAUUACCUUGAGGUUCUUGAAAAACGAACAACAUUUACACAGUUUUAGAGAGACUCGACCCCUGGAUGGAUGCAUUGAUGCAAUGUAUCCAUUUUAAUCAGGGAUGAGACCAUGUUUAAAAAACAGACAGGACUGUUUUAUCACCUUUAUUAGAACAAUGUAUUUCUGGGAAUCAUGCUUUACAGGACUGAAUAAUAAAGAGGAACUCUACUCAUUUCACAGUAUCACUUAACUCUUCAUCCCUGUGGUGUUUAACAGUUUGGUUUAAAUUUGUAAAUAUGAACAAGCAACCAGAGAUUCAGGGCUCUUAUGAGUAAUCCCAUCAUGAAAUAUAUCCUGGAGAUGUUACAUUGACAAUAAUGUGAGACCGAGCUUUUACUCUCAAAUUAGCUGAAUUUCGUGAGUGUUAAUGAACCGUGCAGAUGAUAUGUUCUUAUCCCAAAAUAACACAGGGUUUUGUUACAGUUAUAUCUAUGGCUCCCAGUCAUGUCUUUUCAAAUUUAUUGAAAAUGAAAUUCAUACAUGAGACUAAAUAAGAUUUAUUCUGCAGAUGAACUUGUCUGUACCCAUGAAUAUGACCUGUGUGUAGGUGUUGACUAAACUGAUAUGGCCUACACAUCCGUCAGGAAAUUAUGCUCAAAUGAAAAAAUGGAAUCAGACACAUUUAGUGAGUUCCCCAGCACGCACAGCUCUGAGAUGAUAAUAUUAAAUGCAUGAGGUCAUAAAACAAAUUCCAAUGUAAUAUCUCAAAGCACAGAUUAUGACGCCAGUAAAUCUCUGCUCUCUUGUUUGCAGAUUUGGGAAAGAAUAAUUAAUGUAUCCUAACAAUAUAUUGAACUGACCUAGUGCAUAUACUGUAUGAUAAUAUGUGAAAAUAGGUCUUGUUCCCUCAGAGCAUCCUCAUCUCCAAACCAACUGCACUUGUGGAUUGUGGACACAUGUUGUACUUGUACGGAGUUAAAUAUUAAUGUUUUGUCACUGUAUUCGGAAAUGUUGUAACUAGAAGAUUAUAUUCCCAACUACCUUCAGAUGUAUUGCAACUGAAAGAAAAUGAGCUUUGACUGAAGGUCUAUAUCAUAUGUCACAAUUGGGAUUUUAUAUGAACAUAUAACUUGACAAUACACUUGCUGAAAACUGAUGACCUAUAAUAAGUGUCUUUAUUUAUUUGUACCAGAACCAAAGCACUUCAGAACAAAUUCACUCAUAAUAUAUGCAAUCUUUGACACUCAAAGGGUUACAUCAAAGCUCAAUCUUGUGUUUUAUUGUACCCUUACGAUUUUUUUUUCUUAAUUAUAAAUCUGAAUUGACUUUCCAGUUGCAAUACAUUUGAGUAGAUUUGCAAUACAAUAAGAGUAUAAUGUUUCUCCAUAGACUUCUGUUUGAAAUUCAGCUGAAAAUCUUUCAAAUCUGUCCCAUAAAAAACCUAUUUUCAAUUGCUAUUUUUAUAGAAACAAAUAUUACCUUUUUUGUUCUUGUCAAACAAUGCACUAUUGACUACUACAGGUCAAAAAUGAUGUCACUUUCAGAAAUGCACAAUAUAGUAACACGUGCAUAUAGCCAUAGAAGUAGGUUGGAUGCAUACAUAAACUUAUGUUAAAAAAAAUCUUGCACUAUGCAUAGAUAUAGAAUAUAUUUAGACAAUCUGUACUUAAUGCAGCUCAUCCCCUCAGUCAUAAACAUGAUAUUUAAUUAAUAAUGUUAUCACAUCCCAUAAAUGCUUAUUUGAAAUAUAACAGAGAUGAAUAUUCAGAGGUACCACAUUUUGGAUAAUUCAUUUUUUCUAAAAUGUCAUAUAUUUUUAAUUAUAUGUGUUUUUAGGGGAAUGCUGAGUGCUUCUGAGAAACAGUCUUGUUAUUUGGCAUUGUUUGUUUCAUCUAUGUGGUACAGGGUUGUAUGUAAUCUGGCAUUUUGACUGCAAUUAGCAGUCCUCUUUGCUCUCCUGAUAAGGAGGGAUUGAUGCGUAAAUGUGUAAAAGUUUGCAGGAGCUUUAGCUAUUAGAUAGAAAAGCACAACAAAUGAUUGCAGUAGCUGAAUGGUCGUCUUUAUGCAUAAAAACGUCCUAUGCUCAAAAGCAGACUAAGCACAUCAUCCAGUCUUAAUGCAGUCUAACCAAUUUCUGGGUCAAUAGUGUAAGCCCAGAAAUCUGACUUUCCCUAAGAGUUUAAUACACAGAGAAAAUUCACAUCAUAUGCAGUAUUAUGCACUGAACCUGUCAUCUUAACUCAACUAAUUAGAGGACAUGGUGUAUCUGGACCCUGUCUGCAUGUCACCAUGUAUUACACUGCAGCAUUAGUCAUGGUGUUUAUCAAGUUUACAGUCUUGGUUUGUUGCCUUUCACAUGUUCAGAGUCAUUUUGUGAUUCUUUUGUCAGUUGACCUGUGCUGGUUUUUUGGAAAUUCGUCAGAACAAACAAAAAAUCUACACAGUAAUGCAUGAUGUAAACCUGCACAGAUUUGUACUUUGUUAAAUGAAGGAUUUUUUUAUUCAAUGUAUGGCUGUGAAGUUAAACACUGUAAACCUGCAAACAUGCACAGACUGAUACACAGAAAAUGUUUUUUUCAUUGUGAACAGUGAGCAACAUGUAAUUAAUUGUUCCACUUCUCAAGCAGAUAAUUCUUUUUUAAAGUGUGUGUUUAAAUAGCACCUCACAAAAAGGCAAAGUAUUUGGGGGAAAAUCCUACACUUGUAACAUUUUGUGUGUCAUGACAUUUCUUUCAGUUUGUGAUUUUGCAAAGGCAACAGUGUAAAGGAACACAGCAUUUAUUGUACAUAACAGAAAUUUGUAAUAUGUUUUUCUCUUUCAGCUUUUUUGUAAUCAAUGACCAAAUGCAGAUUUUUGUCUGAUAAUCCAAAAAAUAUGUUGAAUUGAAAUGUGACUGUCCUGUAUGUAUGUGCAAAAGUUUAAUCUGCAAAGCGGAAGAGGUCCAGUCAGUGUCUUAUUUUUAUUCCAAUACAUAUGUUUGCUUUUGUUUUUUUUGUUUUGUUUUCAUAUGAAACAGUGAUUUUCUAUAUAUGUCAACCUCUGAUUUGUAAAUAGAACACUUCAUCAGCAUUUCCAUGCAAACUUGCAUCGUCUCUGAAAAGCAAAAACUUGGUCUCUUAUUGCAAAAACACAGUACAACUAGGAAUAUGUGGGGUAAAUAUAUCUACAGUGUGCUGUUUCUUUAGUUGUCAUCUGAUGAAUAAAAGAUAUGCAUUCAUUUGGUAUACCCUUGUUUGUGUGUUCCCUUCAUACUCUAAACCCUGGUGU